GGAUUUGGUCGUUAGGCCAUCGAGCAUGGAGGCCUAGACCAGGUGAUUGGUUCCAUCGCCGGCUUCUUCCACUAUUCGUCUUUGAUCUUCAUAAAUACCACUUGCCACUUUAUCGGAGAACACGCAGAGGGAGAGAGAGAGAGAGAGAUGGCAAAGAUGGGAAAAGGAAUAUUGGAGUUGAACCUCUUCGAUGCCAAGGGACUCAAAGACACCGAUUUCUUGGGGAAAAUUGAUCCUUAUGUGGUGAUGCAGUAUAGGAAUCAAGAACGCAAGAGUAGCGUCGCCCGAGCAGGACAAGGCAGCAACCCCAAAUGGAAUGAGACGUUCAAGUUCUUAGUGCAGUAUCCAGGCACGGCAGGCAUCCCUCACAAGAUCGUCCUCAAAGUAAUGGACAAGGACACCUUCUCUGCUGAUGAUUUCCUUGGUGAAGCAACUAUCCAUGUUGAGGACUUGAUCUUGCUUGGCUUUGAGAAGGGAGUUGGAGAGAUGCAUCCUUCAAAAUUCAACGUUGUUCUAAAUGAUCAAACUUACAGUGGUGAGAUACGUGUGGGACUCACCUUUACCCCCAAGGUAGAAGUAGAAGUGGAGGGGGAAGAACUCGGAGGGUGGAGAGACAGCUUCCAUCAUCAUUGAGAACCUUAUAGUUUCAUAUUUUAUGUUGUUCUAAGGCUGCUUCAUGUUUCACGUAGUAGUUACUGCGUUCAGUUAUUUUAGGUUUCAAAGCUUAUUAGGACAUUUGCAAACUCGUGUAUUACACAGCCUUAUAAUCGAGUUACUCGAAUUUUUAUUAUUCUAUAA